GCUACUGUCACUAACAUUAAUUGAAUUAAGGAAAAACAUUGUAAAUUCUGACUCAUCUCACCGAUUUAGUAUUGAUCAGUGAUAAUAAUCUUAAAAUGUUACAAUUUAGAAGAGUGAAGAUAAAAAUGUGUUAAUUCAUUUAUCGUUUACUCAAUCAGAAGAUAAAAAUAACUUUCUCCCGAGAUGAUCGGGCAGAUUUUUCUUGACGUCUGGCAAUACCGUUAAGUGCCAUGCCGUGUCCGCCGUACGACGAACGAGCAACUGUUUAUGUAAACUUUCUGUCAAGUGCAUUGUGUUUCAAAAUAGUUAACAACGAGUAAAAUAACAAUUGACGUUCCACUUUCGCAAUUAAAACUAUUGUAUCGUGCAACUUCCUACGUAUCGCGGACUUUUAGAUAACACAGUUUACAAUCAUUCCAUGAUUAAAACUGUGAGUGCCUUGAACCGUGUUUUGAAAAAAAACAAGCAGUUGUUUUUGAUUCGUUUUUUAAAUUCGAAAACAAAAUGGGUGAAAAAUAUGUGUUAGUUUAAAAAGGGUCGAAUAAAAGCGUCGUGUGUUAAAUUAGUGGUAACAAAAAUGUAUUAUGCCGUAUCGAAAUGAUAUCUGCAAAGAACAGAGUGCAAGAAAUAAAGAGUAAAUUCGAGAAUUUGAACAGUGAAAAUAUACCGAAGAGGGCUGAGUUGCAGUUGUGUAAACAGAAAAGCGUAUUUGUAUCGAACUAUGGGAAGGAAAACAAUGAAAACAUUGAUUAUGAACUAUCGUUUAAUAAGGACAAUAUCGAGAAUGAAUCAGAGAGUAGUGACGAAUGGACGCCUAAACCUAAUUCCAGUUACUUAUACAGUAAAAACGAAGUGAGGCGGAGUGCCAGUGAAACUAAGAACUCUUUAUCUCGGCAGACCAGUGAUCCUGGGAAGAAGCUGCAUAGGAGCCAUGCUUUCCGGUGCGACAGGAGCCAGAAAAUAGCCAACAGCCCCAAGCGACACGACAGUUGCAACGGUAGGUCAGAAACCAGUGAUUUUUCUCUCAGAAUGGAAAGAAAACUGAGCAAAGACAGGCUGAAAAGGCUUGGGAACUUCUUGGAGGAUCAAAUGAGGAAGGAGAAUUUUGUGCCUCAAAGUCAAAGUACCUUUGUGCCUCAGUCCGAAUUUGUGGAAAUUGUCGGUCAAGUCCGAGAGGUAGAUGGGCAGUUUGACUCCAUUCCUGAUUCGGAAGUCCCUCAACAUAUUUUAGACCAGUAUGCAACCAUUGUGAAACCUAAAAGAAAGGAGAAUGAGAAACAGGAGGCCAUGACUGACAGUGGAGUCAGUUCCGAGACUGAAAACGUUGAGGAAGACAAAAAUGGCCGAAUCAAACGGCUCAUGUCACAAUUUGAGAAGUCUCCGGAAAAAACUCAUCUAACAAACCUUCAGGCUAUGGACCAGUUCUGUGAUUCCAGUGAAACAAUACGCCUGGAGCGUAAAAAUCCACAUUUAAAACUAACCGAUACCUUAAAAAAGGCUUUGAAACAACCGUUGCCUGCCGGUCCUCCGCCUGCAAAGCCUCCAAGAAUCUUCAAAGCGCCAACAAUACCUGAAAACACAGAACAACAAAAGAAAGAAGCGAAAAGAAUGUUGGAAAAGCUCGAAAAAGUCUUACAGAAGCGCGAAGGGACAGUAGACACACCAAAAAAGCCGAAAGAAAUACACUACUUAUGUACCGAAAUUUUAGACAUAACCAAUCGUACGUUACUGCCGAACCAGACCUCGGAUCCGAUAUCUCGUUGCAUAAAUUCUCUCAACUGUGCCAUUACGAACAACUCGACGUCCAGUCUGCCGUACACGAGACUAAAAUCGGACGAAGAGAAACCGUGCGGUGCGUGCAAAACUGAGACCACCGAGCCACAACCUGAUGUGUGUUGUAAGUGUAAAAAUAAUGAGGACAAGGAUGGUUUUAAAUGCCAUUUACAGUGCGAGUGCGGAGUGAAAACUUCUACGUUUUACGUGGAAAAUGCGGAACAUAUAUAUGAUGUGCCGUGUGACGAUGAUAAGCCUGUGCGUGUGAAUCCGUAUGGAACGUUAAAUGUGGUGACGAGUAAGAGCUUAGAGGAUUUACGGACCAAGACUGAAGAGGACCCGAAAAUCUAUGACAUCCCAUACGAGCCAAGAGCACCAACGCCAGAAAUACAACUAUCAUCCCCACACACACCCACUUCAUCACCACACACCCCCAAUUUAUCCCCACACACCCCCACUCCAUCCCCACAGACACCCAUUUUACCCCCAUACACACCCACUCCAUCCCCACAGACACCCAUUUUACCCCCACACACCCCCACUCCAUCCCCACAGACACCCAUUUUACCCCCACACACCCCCAAUUUAUCCCCACAGAACACCAAUUUAUCCCCACAAACCCCCACUUUAUCCCCCGAGACCCCACUAUUAACCACAGAAACAGAAAUGGCCAACAAGACCGAAUUUGAAAAGCUACGCCAAAAUUUCGAAACCGGCUUUACAAACCCCGAACAGAAGAAACCAGUGCCAAUAAAACCGAAACCCAUUUUGAUUUCCAAGUUAAAAAACGCGAAAUCCAUAGAGAAUUUGAAUGGGGACUAUGUCAGGAAUCCGGGGAAAUAUCAUACGGAUCAAAAAAGGUUAAGGCCGAAGAAGAAUGAGACUGCUAUUAGUUUUACAUUGCCCAAAAGGGAUACACAGUUGGAUUUGGAUAGAGAAAAUCUAAACGAUCUGAUGAACGAGCUGUUCGAGACGGUGACGGCGGUUUGCAACAUGGAAGAUAACAAGCCAGGCAGUUUCCCCACGGAACACUCAGAUGGGAGCACUAGCGAAGAAUCAGUAAAACUCACAAGAAGUCUAACCGAAAAACGAAAAAACUACGUCAGACGGGUUUCAACUAGAGUCGCCUAUUUAGACCCGAAGAACAUCAAGCGCUUCAGACAUCAGACCUCCGUUUGUUCUUACAAAUCUGAAGUCAUUGACAACCCGUAUUCCACGUUUAGGUCCUGGAAGAGUUUUCGAACAUCCCAAGGGAAUAUUGCAAAAAUGGACACAGGAUCCAAAUUUAACCUCACCGAUUCUCAUGGGAACGUUCUCUCAAUGAAAGAUGUGCUUGAUGCAAGCUCAGAUAGUAUAGAUAAUAUGAGUAUUGAUGAGAAGGCUGGGUGUAUAGAUCUUCCCUUUGAGCCGAGAGAACGGGGUCUGUUUAAUUUGUGUCUGCUCGUUGGCUUGAAUCAUAUGACUGGACAGGCUUAUGUGAAAAGUGUGUUUCCUAGUCAGGUGAAAGUCCCCCCUCACAUAGAGAACCUGGUGUUCCCAGAGACGAUGAGCUCGUCUCCUCGCAGCGAGUGGUCGGUGGACGCCAAGAGUCUGCAGUGCUACUCCCUCGUCCUCACCGACGAGAGGGGCGAGAGGGCUUAUGGAUAUUGCCGUCGAGUGCUACCCGAGGGCGCUACGACAUGUCUGCCACUCUGUUACUGCCUCAUAGGCAGGUACAGAGCUCCUGGCUUUUAUUAUAAGGUCCUAGAAGAAAUUGAAUCCCACCACGGAAGCUCAGACGUAGAAAUCCACUCCCUUCUUCAACAACUAUUCGAAACCGACUUCCCGAACCCCGGGGAAGAAAUUACCGUUCACUACUCUAAAAACCACGAUUAUGACACCCCGAGCAACGACUAUGAACUAACUGGGGAUUACUGCAUACCUGGGGAUUAUAAUAAUGUUUCACCGAAAAGUAAAACGUUGCCUGAUAUGAGAAGGGAAGAUAAGAGUGCGAGUGAAACGGUAAUACCGGACUAUUAUGAUUUGGAGAAUAAUAAUGGGGUUAAGAAUGUUACUGUUAGUUUGGUUCCUAGGCAGAAAAUAAUCAAACGUCCAAUAGAACCGCGAGUAGAUGAAGACAAUUUAUCAGUGUUGCUAGACCUACUAGGCGCUGGACUGGUGAUUAAAGUAUUCGGGUCAUUACUGCUUGAGAGAAAAGUCAUCAUCAUUGGUGAUAAACUGGGAUCAGUAUCAUCAUGCGUAGAAGCCCUCCAAAGUUCUUUAUACCCCUUCGUAUGGCAGCAGCCCCUCAUCUCCAUGAUACCACGAGAGAUACAACGAGAAGUACUGGACGCACCGCUGCCCAUCCUCGCGGGCAUGCUGCACCCGCCUCACGAGCCGCCACACCAGCCCAGAGGCGAGGAAGAGGGUAUGCUAAUAGACCUGACCCACCCCUCAAAAGUCCUAUUCUACCAAGGAGACGAGUCCACAAUACUCCCCACUUCUUGCUACAAAACCCUGAAGAAUGCUCUUCAAAUGGAAACCAGCAAGAACAAGGACCGCUCCGAGGAUACGAAGACCAGGAAUGUGAUGAUCUCUGAAGCCUUUCUGAGGUUCUUUGUAGAUAUUUUGGGGGACUUCUGGAAGUUUUUCACGGUUGGGGAGGUCAAGGAUGGGGAAUUGGGGAAGGGGGGUGUGCUUUUUGAUAAAGAAGCCUUCAUAAAAAACGCGUCAUCAAAACAGAACCAAUACUUCCUCGAAUGGUUCACCGAAACAGCAAUGUUCACCCAUUUCAUACAAAACAUGGCCGCCAGCUAUCACCAUCACCAAUCACCAGAAACGCCACAAUCACCACCGGAACUGGUCGACACACCUCUACCCAACUUCUACGAACUCUUCGAAGAGAGGGUACGUAGUAGAACUAAGACUGCUAAUAGAAAUGUCGAUAGUUCUAAAAAUAAUUAUAAAAAUGCUGUCAAUAAGAAAGUUAGGUAUUUAAAGAGUAAGUUGAGGGAUCUUGUUGCGUAAAUUGGAAUGGUUUUGGUUGAAAAUGACGUUUGGUCUUUGAUCCGUAAUGACGUUUGGUCGUUGACUGGUAACGACGUUUGGUGGUUGACAUGUAAUGACGUUUGGUCUCGGACUGGUGAUGACGUUUGGACGUUAAUUUGGUUUUCGAGGUUAAAGUUGAUUGAUGACGGUGGUGAUAUUUUAAGUUUAACUGCACAAAUAUAAAGAAUUCAUUAAAUCGAUGGAUUAGGUUUUCAUGAAAAUAAAAAAGAAAGCAUUUAAAGUGAAUUCUACUAUUCAAUUUUUAAUUUUGAUACACUCUGAAACAAUUAUUGACUUCAAAACGUCAUUGAUUGACUAUCGUCAUAUUGACGCAAAAGCGUCGUCAGAUUAGAUUGAGCCAAACAUUGUCGUCAUUUGGCCAGAUUUUAACGUCAAAUGUAGGCUGGCUGGUCAAGUGUUGUUUGACGUUAUUGUGACGUCAAAAUGACGCCAAAAUGACGUUCAAGAAUUGAAAGUCUAAAAUAGCAUGAGAUAUAAUUAGUUAUGAAGUUGCUAAGGUGUUUUACUCGAAGUUAAAACGAAAUAACUAAUUAUGAGUGUGACUGAUAAAAAGCGACGUAGCAAGAUCUCUCUUUUUAGUGUUAUUGUUAUUAAAAUAAUAAUUUAAUGUUGCAAAAUGUUCAUUUAUAGAUGCACUUAUUGUUAGUCAGGAAAGCGUGUAUUGUAAGUAAAACUUUAUCAGAAUAUUUUUUUUAACAGUGGCUAUCUAUAACCUAUCUAUCGAUUGAUUUUCGAUAGGAGAUUGAAUUUUGGUACCUUUGUACAGUUGUGUGUACUGACUGAUACAAUUGUCAACUGCGCCUGUAUUUGAGCAUUUUAUUUUUGGUCUACUUGUGUCCUCAUUCGAAGAUGCAUUUUUUAAUACGACGUGCAUUUCAAACUCAAUUUUAAAAAUUCCAGUCAACCAAAUAAAUUGAGUUUUCAUUUAAUACCCAAUUUCGGUCUGUAAUAAAUGCCUAUUUUUUUUUUAACAUAACUACGCGGCCGAAACCCUCUUUUUUAAAAAGUCGGUUAAAAACAGUGCGAUGUACAUUAAUUUGUAUAACUUUACAAGAGGCUUGUAUCCCAACAGUGGGAGUUAGCAUUUUAUAGACUGAGCGCCCCCGAGCAUAUUACUUAGAUCCAGUCAAAAAUUAUGAAGAAACCAGCUAAAUUCAGAAUUGCAAAUUUAUUUGGUAAAGGCCCAUUUGCACCGACAACCUAAACGUCAGUUUUACUUAAAAUAACUGUUUUCAAAACAGUUGUUUUAAGAAAACUGACGUUUAUUUUGUCGGUGAACUAGAGCCAAGUAUAUACAUAUUAAAAAAUACCAUAGAAACAUGAAAAAAUGUCUGUGAGUGAUAUUGAAAAAAACUAAUUGACUAUUUAUUAUUUAAUUAGGUAACUAUGUUUUUGUUAAUGUUAAAACCCAGUGUUUUAGAUUAUUUUAAUUCCCCACCCUAUACAAAAUAUAGUCAUAUUAUAGUCGUAUGAAUGUUUUUUACAAUCUCAGUGAUUUAUUUUCAUCUAUACUAACUAAUAUAAUAAAGAAGAAUCAUUUUUUGUUUGUUUGUACCUGUAGUAUUAUAUACUAGCCAUUUCCCGCGGUUUCACUCGCGUCCCGUAGGAACUACUGCCCGUACCGGGAUAAAAUAUAGCCUAUGUUACUCGGGAAGGGUGUAGCUUUCCAACUGUGAAAUAAUUGUUCAAAUAGGUUCUGUAGUUUCGGAGCCUUUAGGGUACAAACGAAAAAAUAAUUAUUUUUAUUAUAUUAGUAUAGGUUGCAUAAUUUUGUUUUAUGACUAUAAUAUGACUGUAUUUUAUCAUAAUCUUAAUAUUAAGUAGUUACUAUGUAAUCUCAUAUUAUUUAAGUUUAAAAAACUGUAAAUAUUACUUAAAUUGUAUACGAAAAGGCUAUGUAUAUACCGGCAUUAUAAAUAGUUUUAAAAUAAACUAAAAUUAUAAUGUGAGAAUGUAAAGGUUUUGUGAUAUUUCGGCUGAACUGAUUUAGGUGAAAUUUGAAAAGGAUAUGUACGUUUAUAGUCGCGGCAAUCGCAGCUUAAUUUUUUAACUUAUAUAGUUAAAUCUGGUAUAGUUCUCGUCAAAUUUUUGUCGUUAAACGUUUGAAAAAGUGUCAUGAAUUUAGUUAUGAACUGUCAUUAAGCUUGGCGAGAACUAUAUAAACAUGAAAAAUAAAUUCACAAAGAAAAAAAAAUAGUUUGAAAGCUUUUUGAAAAAAAAAAAUGAUCACUCUUUUAAAAUCUCUAAAAGAUCUUAAUACUACGUCAAAAUACAUAACAUUCUAUAGGAUAAAACCCAGUUAAUAAUUUUGUAAAUAAAAUAUAAAUUAAGUUAUUGUCGUUAUUUUAGAUUUUUUAGUUAAAAUAAACAAAAAAGCUUACAUAGUUUGUAUUAUUACAUGCACUCCAUUUUAUAAAUAAAAAAUAAUCUCAACUAAGUCCAUUAAUAUAACUGAAAUUGUGUAUUUUCAACAAAAAAAAUCUUAGAUUUUUCAAAAACUAGAGAAGUUAGUAUAGUCAAAAUUCAGACAGUAUAAGUUAUUUUGAACCUAUUGUCUACUAAUAUAGGGUUUAUAAUGAAAUAAAAUCUCCAUACUAAUCUAUUUAUUUCAAUUCGUUUUAUAUUUCAUAACCAAGUCUCUCUUUUUCACACUGCCUGUGUAUCAUAUGCACUGAAAAAUUACUAAAAUAUUAGAACCAAAGUUGGCAACUUUACCCAAACACUCUGGUGACCUUCGAGAGAGACAAUAUUUUAAGAGUAUAAAACUUAACUGUUCUGUAGGAAGAAAUAGGAUGUUUUAUGAACUUUUCUUCCUAAGAAGGCUUGGCUAAAAAGGAAUAGGUCGCCAUAAUGUGAAAACGUCACUGUCAUUAUUGUAAAACAUCACAAAUAUUUAGAAAUACGUAAACGAACACCUCAUGAGGCUCUCGUUAGGCGGCUGGAUCAAGGGACUGAUUCAGAAGGCAGUACUCCUUGAUACGGCGCGUAUUGUGAGGAGGUUUCUGUCUCUGGGACCCUAACCACAGGUACCUUGGACCCUGUGCCCUAUAUCGGUGGCCAUCAAUUUUUUCUAUUUUUAAAUGUUUUUUUUUUCGAAUUUAAUAUUUAAAAAUGUAAAAAAUAUGUUGAGCAAUCAAUAAACGAAAUUAAAACUUUAAUUAAGAUGAAAGGGUAGUCAGAAGCCAGUAAGUCUGACACCAGUCUAGCCAAGGGGUAUCGGGUUGCCCAGGUAACUGGGUUGAGGAGGUCAGAUAGGCAGUCGCUUCUUGUAAAGCACUGGUACUCAGCUGUAUCCGGUUAGACUGGAAGCCGACCCCAACAGAGUUUGGGAAAAAGGCUCGGAGGAGGACAAUUAAGAUGAAAGCAAUAAAACUUGUAUUUACUUCAUAUCUCGAUAAAUAUGUAUGUGUAAGAAAAGAAACAAUGUAUUAUUAUUACAUUCCUUUAAACUAUUUGAUGUAUAAAUUAUUUUUAUUCUCGACUGUUUUUUUUUUAAUAUUUUGUAAAUAGGUUUUUUUAUUGCUAAGAAUCAAACCAGUGGUUUAAUAUAUCUUUUUCUAUUGUAAUAGCUAAGCUAGCCAUUUCUCAAACCUCUACUAUUAAAAAAAGAAACUUAAAUUUUACACUUUUAUCAAAUAAAUAGAUAGAUGAUUAGCUAAAACUAUUUUCUAUGCUAUAAAACAAUACAUUACUCAUUUUUGAAUUCUUAGAAACUUUAAAUACUUAAUUCUGGUUUUAAUGUCUCUGUAAUGUAAACUUUUGAUUCUAUUAAUUACAAAUAUUUUUGAGAUUUGUGUGUCCAUACGUAUCCAAAUAUUGUCUGUCCCACUUUUUUUAAAUAUAGUUUGAACAAUAACAGCCUUACUACAAAAACUCAAACAUCUGUUGAACACUUGUCUAAAAAAAGUAUACAAUGUGUUUAUUGUUCCCAGUUCAUGUAAGUGAUUUUAACUGUUUUCUUUUUAAAACCCUGGAAAUGACUUCAAGCAAUGAAGUAUGAUAAUAAUCCUAGUUUGUUAAGUUAAAAUGUGCCUUGAUAUCGUUAUUUAAGCGUGUAUUUGUUUUUUUUUAUUAUUAUUUAAAAUAUAACUUGUUAUUUUUAGCAAUAAACUGUAUAAUACUGAUUUUA